UCAGCUAAUGUUGUCAGUAUCGGGUUCCGUGGAAACAGUGGGAAUAAACACCAUGUUAUUCCAAAUCGCUGAAAAAAACAUGACUUUCCUAUUGCCAAAUCAAGGUUUUCUUUGACGGUAUCAAGCUAACAGAAUGGCUAGGUCUCUUUACUCGAAUAGCGCUCCUCCUGACCUAACAGGGAGCUGGUACAACACAGGCUUUCAUGGACAUUAUAGAAGCAGGCCUCGUACAGACUUCGCGAUACCUUUUCGCCAAAGAGUAAAACCAGCUCCUCCACAGAAGUUUUUGAACUAUUCGAAGGAGCGUUCUAACAGCCAUUUAUUUUCACGACAUGAUAACAGAAACACUCACAGCGAUAUGGGGGAUCUGGAGACAUUCUUUGGAAUGGGCCUUGGUAAGCGGAAAUACACAAGGGCAAGUGCUGGUAUUGCAACGCAGCACACAAAAAGUACACAAGACCUAAUUACCUGGAGAGGCAAUGAAAAUGACUCCAUGGUAUCAACAUACCGUACACACUUUGAAAAGAAUCCUGCUAUUACACCAAUUAUUAAUGAAACAGAGCCUGUCCAUAUAAGAUCAAAUUUGAACCUUAGGAGACGGCAGUUGCGAGCUGCCUCUGCUCCACCAACAAGACAAGCACCUCCUUUAUUGGCAUGGAAUGAGCCUGAUGAAGCAUUCUAUGCCAAACCAGGAGUGGGGCUCCGACCACAGUCAUCAUUUGUCCGACAAGGGCAGGCCACUGCCAGUCCCUUUGCAGCAACAGGGAACACUGAAUAUGGGCUUGUUGCCCGACCUAAGUCAUCUCUAGCUUUGCAAGAAAGUACUACAAGUGCUUCUGACAUCACAGAGUCAACACCAAAUUCCAAAAGUUUCACUCUCUUGGAGACAAUUACCCCGUUGAAAACGGUUUAGAUUAAGAUGUUGUGACUUGAUAUCAUCAUCAUAUUCAUUUCUAUUUGUUACAAAUAACUUCAGCAUCAUUUAUUCGCUUAGAUUAUCCAAGGAGAGUUAUUAUUGAUAUAGCAGAGUUAUAGUCGGUGCACUUUGAUUUGUAAAAAAGAAAUACAUUUUUGCAUGAAAGAUUA